AUGGAGCGGAAAGGAACAGAGAGCCCGGUUUCUAUCAGGCAGUGGAGCAGCGAAUCUGGGAAUGGGAAUGGGAUGCGGUCCCCAUCGCACUCACACUCACACUCACACUCACGUAAUGGGCAUGGGCAUGCUCGGUCCUCCUCCCUCACCCUCACCGGAAAUGGAAUGUCAACCAUCAAAAGGACUCAGAAUGUUGCUGCCAAAGCCGCCGCUCAGCGCCUCGCCCAGGUAAUGGCUUCUCAGACUGCCGAUGACGACGACGACGACGACGACGACGACGGUGACGAUCUAGGAUUUCGUUACAGUGCUCCACCACCUCUCUCUCUCUCUAGGAAUGCUACUAAAUCAUCCACCAUCACUCAUAGAUCUCCAUCUCGUGCGUUAGAAGAAUCAAUGCCUCUUCGUCCAGCGCCACCUAAUACUAAUAGACCACCGUUAAGCCUGAGGACUCCAGCUCCGGUUCCGCCUAUAGACCCUCCAAUUCAUAAUAAGCCCAAGGAUAAAAGAUUUCCUUUUGAUGCUGGACUCGUUCAGCCAAACGAUUCAGGAGACCAACGUCAGGCUUCUGCACUUCGUGAUGAGGUUGAUAUGCUACAGGAAGAGAAUGAAAGUAUUCUUGACAAGCUCAGACUUGAGGAAGAGAGAUGCAAAGAAGCAGAGGCCAGAGUUAGGGAGCUUGAGAAGCAGGUGGCUUCCCUUGGAGAAGGUGUAUCUUUGGAAGCUAAACUCUUGAGCAGAAAGGAAGCAGCAUUGCGUCAAAGGGAGGCUGCACUUAAAAAUGCCAAAGACUCGAAGGAUGAAAUUGAUAAGGAAAUCACAUCUCUACAGGCUGAAGUUGAGAAUUCAAAAGUUGAGACUGAGGCUGCAGUGAGACAGCUAAAUGGAGCUGAAUCUGAAGUCAAAGCUCUUCGAUCAAUGACACAAAGAAUGAUAUUAACUCAGAAAGAAAUGGAGGAAGUUGUUCUUAAGAGGUGUUGGCUUGCUCGUUAUUGGGGUUUAGCUGCAAAAUAUGGCAUCUGUGCAGAUGUUGCGGUUUCAAAGUAUGAACUUUGGUCAUCCUUAGCCCCUCUUCCGUUUGAGGUUGUUGUUUCUGCAGGACAAAAGGCUAAGGAGGAAUGCUGGGAAAAAGGUGAUGAUGCAACCGAGAAAAGGAACAAACUUGUGCCGGAUUUGAAUGAUCUUACUGGAGAAGGAAAUAUUGAAAGUAUGCUUUCAGUUGAAAUGGGAUUGAAGGAGCUUGCUUCUUUAAAGGUUGAGGACGCUAUUGUGCAAGCAUUAGCCCAACAGAGGCGUCCAAAUUCUGCUCGACAAUCAGUCUCGGAUAUUAAAUCACCCGGAGACCCUAAGUUUAUGGAAGCCUUUGAAUUGAGUCCAGAGGAGUCCGAAGAUGUUCUUUUCAAGGAGGCUUGGCUGACAUAUUUUUGGAGAAGAGCCAAGGCUCAUGCUAUAGAGGAGGACAUUGCCAAAGAACGUCUUCAGUUUUGGAUUGGUCGGAGUGGGCAUUCACCUACCUCUCAUGAUGCUGUUGAUGUUGAGCAAGGACUUUUGGAGCUGAGGAAAUUGGGGAUUGAACAUCGACUUUGGGAAGCAUCCAGAAAAGAAGUUGAUCAGGACUUUACUAUUGCAUUAACUACUUGAACUGAAAUAUGUGCUUAAUUUCCUUUGGGAGGUUUGCUGAUCUGUACAUAUGAAUUGUGAAUUUCAUCUUGCUUCUGGAGACUGUAACCUUCCACAUUGUGUUAAAAUGAGGUUACUCAUAGUCUUAGCUCCAAGUAUCGUAACUGUUAUGAUAACUGUGUAAUGAAAUUCAGGAACUGAUGAAGCUCUAGCUCGUUUGUUUCUCCAUUUUGGAUGGCACAAAUAAUGA